AUGGCAGACAAACUGACACUGCGGCCAGAAGGCUCAUUCGAGUCCAAAUUUUUCAACUCCUCAGACUCCUCGGCGGCUGAAGACGACUUUCGUCACUCUCCCGACAGAGGCGACUUCCUCGCAGGCGUACGGAGGGGGAUCAGGAAGUGGGGAUCAGUAUCUGGCGGACGCAGACCCUCGAAUAUCCAGGCUGGCGAAGCAUCAACAGCGGCGUCUCCAGAUUCAGCCUUCGGUGGUUUUGAAAGGUCUCCAGAAACCCUCAAACAGAAGCAUGAACGUAACACAAGCAUCAUCAACCGCGAAAAGCCCUUACCAGCACCCCCUCCUCUUGAACAGCACAUAGUGAACCCAUUCUCCCCUCCAGACACCCCCCAAAUAUUUGCCUCGAUGUCUCGAUCAGCCGCGAGUGGUAGCCGCACCAGCACCAUGGACUCAUCGACUUCAGGACCACCCAUGUACGCCAAUAAUUUCAAGUCUGGGUCCAACAUGAGUAGUAGCCAGACUAAUAUUGCAGGCUCUGGCAGACAGGAGGGAGAGGAUGACCCAAGGGACAUUAUGACACCGAGAAGUAAUGGACCGCCAUCUGCAGGACCAUCCCCAGCACAGCCAUCACGGACUGUAGGAGGUGCAACAAUGGGAACACCAGGGUCUUCUUCAUCUACACAUCUAUCUGGUCUGAUGUGCAAUGUACACCGGACAACUGGAAGAGAACCUCACCCUCUUGUGGGGGCAACAACUACGAUACUUGGAGAUAAACUUUACGUAUUCGGAGGCAGAAUAUUAUCAAGGACACGCCCGUCUCUAACCUCGGACUUGUAUGAGCUAGAUUUAAUACGGCGGCAUUGGACAAAAGUUGACGCGGCUGGUGACGUACCUCCCCCGAGGUACUUUCACAGUGUUUGCCCUUUGGGUGAUACGAAGCUCGUGUGCUAUGGCGGCAUGUCGCCUGCUCCAACACAAGGCCAAAACCAGGGCCAAUCGGUGGUUUCUUCGCAUAGUCCCCAAGACGCUCAACCAGAAGUGGUUGUUAUGUCAGAUAUUUACAUAUAUGAUGCACCUACAAGGACUUGGUCCUUCAUCCCAACGCAGGAGACACCGCAAGGCCGCUACGCGCACUGCGCGACAAUUCUCCCCUCUUCAGCAACCUUUUCCUCCGCCAACGCCCCUUCGUCUGCGCUCCAACACAACCUUCCAGGAUCAAACCCCAAUUCGGGCACAAUCGGUGUUAACAUUGAUGGAAGCGGAGGUGCGGAGAUGGUGGUUGUUGGAGGGCAGGAUAGCGCAAAUCAUUACAUUGAGCAGAUUAGUGUUUUCAACCUCCGGAGCCUAAAAUGGACAAGCACACAGCAAUUAGGAAAGAGUUGCGGAGCCUAUCGCAGUGUUGUGGCUCCUCUGCCCGCCAGCGCUUCUACUCGUUUGGGGAAGACCUCGCCUUUAAGGCCGGAACAUGGAGGGAUCAGUCAGGACACCAAGGAGCCUGGUUCGUCGAUGCUGAUAUACUCCAACUACAAUUUCUUGGACGUCAAGUUGGAGUUGCAAAUACGAUCCUCCGAUGGAACAUUGACGGAAAAGCCAAUGCAGGGGACCUUCUCACCCCCUGGCCUACGAUUUCCUAAUGGCGGAGUCAUCGACACAAAUUUCGUUGUCAGUGGCACGUACCUUACUUCAUCGAAACAAGAAUAUGCAUUGUGGGCGUUAGACUUGCGGACCUUGACUUGGAGCCGUAUUGAUGCGGGCGGAAGUGUUUUCAGCCAAGGAAGUUGGAACAGAGGUGUCCUCUGGAAUCGGCGGAAUACGUUUGUUAUUCUUGGGAAUCGAAAGCGCAGCUUGGUUGAGGAUUACAACCACCGCCGAAUCAAUUUUUCCAAUGUAUGUAUGGUUGAGCUGGAAGCGUUUGGACUUUAUGAUAAUCCACGGAAGACGACGCCAAUGUCUGGAUUCGUAUCUGCUAGCUCACCCUUCACGGCUCCGUCGCUGAAUCUAAGCACGAAAGCUGGCUGGACCGCCGGCGGAAGAACGCUUUCAAAAGCUGCUGAAGAUCUUGGUCAGGCGGCACUUAGCUUAAGGGAGCUUGCUGAUAUGGAUAUCCUUUGCGUUGGAGGAGAACGAAUUCCUGUAAACUCUCGAUUGGUUGCUAGGAGAUGGGGUCCUUACUUUGUGCAGCUUCUCCGUGAGGGUGCUGCAACACAAGACGGCAACGAUGCUACAACCAUUCGGCCUGAAGGCGUCUUUCGAAACAAUCCAAGCAGAAAUAGCAGCAUAACUAUCACUCCUAGUAUCGGGGCACAGUCUUCGAGUAUGUCUUCCACCUCGACACUCAACAAUACUACGUCGCCUACAACGUCGUCUGGUCUUCAAUCGGGGUCUGUCGAUCCAUCAACACUCUCUCUCCCCCCCAACUCCAACUCUCUCGCCCCAUCCUCCCGACCUCGAACGCUUUACCUACCACAUACUCAUCUGACUCUGCAAUCCUUACUCCACUUUUUAUACACUUCUUCACUACCAAUCUCUUCAUCCCCACUGUGUACACCACAAAUUCUCUGCUCGCUUCUCCAGCUUGCCCGCCCCUACAAGAUCGAUGGUCUUCUCGAGGCUGUAGUGGAGCGUCUCCAUGGAGUGUUGGACUCUAGAAAUGCCGCCGCGGUCUUCAACGCUUCAGCGAUGGCUGCUGGCGGCGGGAGAUCGACAAGUACGUCGGCUCUGGGAGAGAAUUGGCUAUCUACAGAUUUCGCAGAUAUACCAGGCGGCGCUCCGAAUGAUGGCCCGCCAAUCUUACAGCUCGGGUCGCUUGGUGGAGAUCUGACAUCCAGAAGCCAAGCGCUUCGAAUCAAUACCACAGUGGGAGGGGUCGCAAGUGGCAGGCAGUCAGACGAUGAAGAUAAUCUAAGUGCGUCGUCAAGCGUGGCGAGUGAUAUUUCCGGUUCCGAUUUCAGCGGAAGCUUGAGUGCUUCUGACGCAGGUGGCGGGAAUGGCGGUCUUCGAGAAGUUUGGAAAGGAGAUGUCAGUGCGGUAAUUGGACUUCAAAAGAGGGGUUUGAGGGGAUUGAUGGAAGGAAGAAGGCUUCGAGAAAGAGGUGGAAGCGUGCCGCAGCAGCCUCGAGUGGGGCUCGGCAUUGGAGCGGGCGGAUCUGGUUGA